AUGAUCAUGAGCUCUUAUUUGAUGGACUCUAACUACAUCGAUCCGAAAUUUCCUCCAUGCGAGGAAUAUUCGCAAAAUAAUUACAUCCCAGACCAGUCCGGAUAUUAUAGCCGGACGAGGGAGUCCAGCUACCAGCAUCACCAUCAGGAGCUGUACCCCGUGCCACGACCCUCCUUCCCCGACCGCCCCUUCGGCUGCGGGCUCUGCAGGCUGCGGGCAACCCGGCCGCGCUCCAAAGGGGACCCGGGCACGCUGCAGGAGGCCAACACCUCUCAGAGAAAGCGCAGCAGCUCUGCGAGCAGGCUGCUCUGUCCACCUCCUCCAACUCCUUCCCCAGCCCCUCCAGCCUGCAACCAGCCAACCCCCGAGCAUCCCACCAGCACAGCUUCCAAACAGCCCAUAGUCUAUCUGAUGAAAAAAAUCCACGUCAGUACUGUGAAUCCCAAUUACAAUGGAGGCGAACCCAAGAGAUCCAGGACAGCCUACACCAGGCAGCAGGUUUUGGAGCUGGAGAAGGAGUUUCACUAUAACAGGUACCUGACCCGGCGGCGACGCAUCGAGAUCGCCCACUCGCUUUGCCUCUCCGCGCAGAUCAAAAUCUGGUUUCAGAACAGGAGGAUGAAAUGGAAAAAAGACCACAGGCUGCCUAACACCAAGUACGGGCAGCGACGGCAGCGGCUGCGGCGCCCCCGCCGCCCCGGCCAGCACGGCCGCGGCGAGGAGCUGCCCUCCGCCGCCGCGCAGGACCCGCGCACGGAGGAUAUCACCAGGUUAUAA